AAAGAAAGGGAAAGUGAAAAAAAAAAGGGGAGGAGGGAAGAAAACGGCCAGGCCCACCUGCAUCGGCACGAGGGGCCCGCGCGCAGCGCGCUAACGGGAGACCCAGAGAACCCACAAUGGCAACGAGGCAAGCCCAGAGAGCCCGCAGGUUGCCAAGGCCACACCCAGGCGCCGGCGGCCGGAACUCCCCCCACCCUUGAAUUCAACCUCCGCCACGGCCGACGGGCCGAGCCCGACCGACGCCGGCGGGAGAGGCAGAGACGGAGAGGAAGAGAUGGGCGUGGGGGGCAGCUUCUGGGACCUGCUCAAGCCCUACGCGCGGCACGAGGGCGCGGGGUACCUGCGCGGUCGCCGAGUCGCCGUCGACCUCUCCUUCUGGGUCGUCUCCCACAGCACCGCCAUCCGGGCGCGCUUGCCCCGGGCGCGGAGCCCGCACCUCCGGACCACCUUCUUCCGCACCCUCUCCCUCUUCGCCAAGAUGGGCGCGUUCCCUGUGUUCGUGGUGGACGGCGAGCCGUCACCGCUCAAGUCGCAGGCGAGGGCUGCGCGCUUCUUCCGAGGCUCUGGGAUGGACCUGGCCGCGUUGCCUAGCACAGAGACGGAGUCCAGUGCGGCCGCGGCACCGGUCAAAAGGAGGAAUGCUGCAUUCACGCGAUGCGUUGAGGAGUGCGUGGAACUGCUUGAAUAUCUUGGAAUGCCUGUAUUGAGGGCAAAAGGUGAAGCUGAAGCCCUUUGCGCACAGCUGAAUAAUGAAGGUCAUGUAGAUGCUUGCAUUACUGCAGACAGUGAUGCUUUCCUCUUUGGGGCUAAGACUGUCGUAAAGGUCUUCAGAUCGAAUUGCAAGGAACCUUUUGAGUGCUACCACAUAGCAGACAUUGAGUCUGGUCUUGGAUUAAAGAGGAAGCAAAUGGUGGCCAUGGCGCUCCUUAUUGGCAGUGACCAUGAUUUGCAUGGGGUGCCUGGUUUUGGCCUGGAGACUGCACUUCGUUUUGUGCAGUUAUUUGAUGAAGAUGAAAUUUUAGAUAAGCUACAUGAAAUUGGUAGAGGGGUUUAUCCAUUCCUAGAAGGAUUUGACAAUGCACAUAUUGAUGAUCUCCCAUCAUCGUCCACAAAAAGCCCAGUUGCAAAAUCACCGCACUGCUCACAUUGUGGUCACCCGGGCAGCAAGAAAAAUCAUAGCAAGGACGGGUGCAAUUAUUGCUUGGUGGAUUCAUUAGAGAAUUGUGUGGAAAAACCAGCUGGAUUCAAAUGUGAAUGUCCUAGCUGUGACGAGGCACGUGAUCUAAAGGAACAAAGACGGCAUGAAAAUUGGCAAAUCAAGGUCUGCAAAAGAAUAGCUGCUGAGACAAAUUUUCCUAAUGAGGAGAUCAUUAAAUUGUAUCUAAGUGAUAAUAAUCUGGUUGAAGAAAAGGGUGUUCCCUUGCUUAGUUGGAGUAAGCCUGAUGUUGAAGCUUUGGUUGACUUAUUAAGUUAUAAGCAGAAUUGGGAGCCAUCUUAUAUUCGCCAAAGGAUGCUUCCUAUGUUAUCAACCAUAUAUUUACGAGAGGUGGCAUCAUCUCCAUCUACACCAUUGCUUCUUUGUGAUCAAUAUGAAUUUGAUUCAAUUCAACGGAUUAAAAUAAGGCAUGGUCACCCUUAUUACUUGGUGAAAUGGAAGAGAGCUACCCGUGGUAUGAAUACUGAUAUGUCCAGCAAGAAGCCAGUAACGGAGGGAGAGACAAGUAGCGAUGUAGCGGUGUUGGAUGAAGAUGACGAUGAGGAUACAGUGGUUUGCGAGUCCCCUGAGUUACUAGAUGAACCUGAUGUUCCACAAGUGCUUAUUGAUGAUGGCUGCACCUUUCUAUUGACGGAUGAAGACAUUCAACUUGUUGGUGCUGCUUUUCCUAAGGAAACAGCAAGGUUUCAGGAAGAACAGAGGCUGAAAGAAGCAAGAUCAAGAUCACGAAAAUCCAAAUCAAGCCUAGCAGAUACUGCAUGCGAAACACCUAAAGGUCCGAGACCUAGCGGAGUGCAGCUUAGCAUCACAGAGUUCUACCGCUCGAAGAAAGGGCAGAACGCAGAGUCUGGGAAGAAACCGGCUGGAGAAGGGCAAGCCUCGAAGGAAGGCUCAAGAAAAUCCUCUGACAGGGACCUCAACAAGGACCUGCCAAAGUCUGUUCGACGCCGCCUCCUUUUUGAUCAUUGAGGACUAGAGCCUGGCUUUUGGCGACAACUGUAAUCUUGCUGCCACUGUUGUAGAUGACCUAGAGAAUGCCUUAACCUAUUAGCCGGUGUAGAUUCCGCGGCUCAUUUUGUACAGGGAACAGAGCAUCGUCUUUGUCAUAGGAAAUUAUGCAGGUCUUAGUUCAGAAUGAUUAUCUGGACCUCAUCCUUGUCAUAGUUUAUUAGUGCUUUUUAGGCCGGGCAAUAGCUUACAGACUUUAUGCAGCAAUGGAUUUUAGACUGCAGAGGACCAGAAAUGUAAUGCAACGAUCUUCUCAUCGACCCGAUGGCACAACCUGUACCGCUGCGACAUGAUCUGGCGACCAUGACAAUCAUGAGCACUCUGAUGAAGCAUAUGUGGUGAUUUGGGA